AUGGACAUGAAGCAGAUUCUCAUCUUUGGACUUUGUCUCGUGCCCGUGUGGACGUGCAGGAUGAACCGGUGCUAUGAUGACAGCAAGCUGAGCGAGGCGGCGGAGAGGAAGCUGCGGAACCACUACCCGCAGUCUCUGGAGCUCUCGACUGCGGCGGAGCCCGACUCACCCGCCCCUUGCCCCGUGGCGCUUUUCCCGCAGCAGCCGCCUCAGCACAUCCGGGACCGGUCCCUGUCCCCCUGGAGAUACGUACUCGUAACGAAGAAGGAUCACUUUCCUUCCACCUAUGCCGAGGCUCGGUGCUUGUGUUCGGGCUGCGUCCUGAUCCAGGACAACAAACCCCCGGUGGAGAGCCACAACUACAACUCGUCCCCCGUAAUGCAGAGCAGGCUGUUUCUCAGGAGGGAGCUCUGCGACGACGGGAAGAAAUACCAUUUGAAGCCGGUUACUGUGGAAGUAGCUGUGGGCUGCACCUGCACCAGAGCCAACACCUACAACUAG